GCCGAGCGGAGCCGCCGAGCGCAGCCGCGCCGAGCCCCGCGCAGCGCCGGCGUGUGCGGGCGGCAGCCUCGACACACGCACCGCAGCCGCCGGCCGCGCCGAGCGCCGCGUUCCCCGCCGAGCCCGCCGCCCCCUUCCCCUCCUCCCCAGCAGCAUGUCGGGCCGGUCGGUGCGGGCCGAGACCCGGAGCCGGGCGAAGGAUGAUAUCAAGCGGGUGAUGGCGGCCAUCGAGAAAGUGCGCAAAUGGGAGAAGAAGUGGGUGACAGUUGGCGACACAUCCCUAAGGAUUUACAAAUGGGUCCCAGUAACAGAGCCCAAGGUCGAUGAUAAAAAUAAGAAUAAGAAAAAGGGCAAAGAUGAAAAAUGUGGCUCUGAAGUGACCACUCCAGAGAACAGCUCCUCCCCAGGGAUGAUGGACAUGCACGAUGACAAUAGCAACCAGAGUUCAAUAGCUGAUGCUUCUCCAAUAAAACAGGAAAACAGUAGUAAUUCAAGUCCAGCACCAGAGCAGAACUUGGCAACACAAGCAGACGGCACUGAAGUCAAGUCUGACGAAACUCAGGCAGAGGCAAAGGAGCAGCCUGGCUCAGAAGAUACCUCUGAUGAACAGAAUUCACAGUCUUCAAUGGAAAAUUCCAUGAAUAGUUCAGAGAAAGCAGAAAUUCAGUCCUCUGGAGAAAAUGAUAUAAUUACAGAGGCAUCUAAAAACUCUCAGGACUUUGAAGGAGUGCCACCUUCUAAAAAGAUGAAAGUAGAGGCUUCCCAACAAAAUGUUGAAGAGAUUUAGACUAUAGAUUUUUCUGGUCAGAUUUUAUGUAAGGUACAUCAAUGGGCUUAAUUAUAGAACAACCUUACUUAAGCAUCUUCUCUUGGAUGAGGACAGAACUCCUAACUUUUCAAGUUACCAAGCAAAAAUCCAAGAAAGCCUAACAAAGGUUUAACUUCUCAGACACUGAAAACUUUUUCCUGUGAAACAAACAUUGAGAACUUUUAAGUUACUGUCUCUGAAAUGGUUGGAGUAAACAACUCAGGAGGGGUCUACGCACUGUUUCUAAAGUCAAAAUUACAAUUAUGUUGCUGCUGUAUUUUUUUUUUUUUUCAUUUCUCUAUUUAACAUUGUAAGAUAUUUAAGGAUGGUACAGGUCAGGUAUUAGCUUUCAUGUGAAGUUCAUUGUUCUGGCGUGAUGUCUGCUUUUGUUUUGUGCCUUGUGUUCUGAAAACAGUGCUAACUUUUAAAAGUUGUUUUGCAACUGUCUCCUUUGCAAAGUGGCCUAUGUUUGUAUAAUGCCAUGUAGAAAGGCUUUUUUUUUUUCCUUUUUUUCUUUCUUUUUUUUUCCUUUUUUGUUUGUUUUGUUUGGGUUUUUUUUCUUUCGUUUUUAAGUUUUAAAUCCCUGGUGCUUAAAUUUUUAAACAACUACAGAUCAGGAAGCCAUUUUCACUCUUGGAGUCCAAGGAGAAAAAGGAGCUUGAUGUUUUAUUUUAGCAGCUAUAGUGGAGAUCUCUUAUUGAAUGCAUGGCAUUCGCAACUGUAAAUUUGGUCUUCUAAAUACUUAACUUCAUCAGAAGUUAACAUGAUCUGUUUACCAUUUAUAGUCCAGAUCUGAAUAUAUACUAUAACACAGGCACUUAAAAUACUUACGUAUUAGGUCCAGAUCUCUGUACUGGGUACAACUUUACAGCAAAGUUCCACUAUGUACAUAAAUAGGAUCAAAGGGAUUGAUGCACAGUCAGUUUAUUUUCAAUUGGUCUUUUUUGAUAUCAUGUUUUCACUGAACUGGAUUUCACUGUACUGUUUCAUUGUGAGAUGUUUACUUCUGUGUUCCAGGAAAAUACUGUAUUGGGGGUUUCCUCCUCUCUUUCAGCAAGUCUUGUAAAUAAGCCUUGUUGUCUCCACAGUCCCCACAUCAGUUAGAAAUGUUCCUUCUCUCCCAACUCAAGUGUGCUUAGGCUAAACUUGAUGGAAAGGCACGAGGUAGGUGCAACUCCCUUCCAAUUCGUGGCGAGCAGAACCAUCUGCGUCAGGUCACAAGGGUCUGGUCUUCCAGUGGGCUUUGUACUUCCAGGGAAUAAACCCCCGGUGUCGGUGGAACCGCUCCUUUCCCGCUUCCGUGCACACACACACACACACAUCCAUCCAUCCAUCCAUACUGCUGGAUCAGGCCCUGACUCUGUCCUCACUUGGCGUGGGAGAUGGAACCUGUCAUUUAAACUACGAUCUCACAGCUCUGGAAAUGGUUGCGUGUAGUUUGUAAGCUGAAAAAAAAAAACUGUAAAUACUUUUUUAGGUGAAAAGGAUGAAAUCGCUUCCAGUCGAUACAUUUUCAUUAUUAGCUCUUCAUGAAGCUUAAUUUAGGUUGGGAUUCUCCAAUAGUGAAAAUGGCUUGCACUUAGACUACUGCAUUACAUUUGCAAUUACCACUUUAUUAGGAAAAGCAAUGAGGAAUUGGGGGGAGGGAGCAGGGGGAGGGAGGAGCGGGGAGCCAAUACUGACCUUCCGGAAGAUGUUUGUAGGACUGAACUCCACGUAACCUAUGACACUCAGUUUCGGAACUUUUCCUUUCUGUUGAAAUAAAACUUUUUGGAUUUUUAACCGAAUAAAAAACCGGAUUGCAAAUCAUUCCUGAAAACGGCGUGCUCCCUAAUAGGCUUUUGGGAUUUCUGGUCUGAUCGUGAAGUCCAUUAACAUCCUGAAAAUAAGGAAAUGAGGAGCCAAAAACUGAAUUUGCACAAUAUAUGCAAUGAAACGGUAGAAUUCUCUCUUGAAUUGUGUGUAUGCCUAAAAUGUGGAUAACUGGUCCAUGACGAUUGAUUUGUAUGUAUAUUACAUUCAGAUUUAAGUGAUAUUUUGUGAGAAGUUCUAUUGAUAUAUUAAAUGGGCAAAUCUAGAAAGAUUCAAACUUUUAAAAUAUUUUUUUGGUUUACUAACUUGUCGUUGUUUUUAAUGCUAAAACAAAACAAAUCUGAUGCCACCUUUGACAAGUAGUCGUGUUUACUAAUCCCUCUCUUCAGGUGCAUCGCAGCAAGUUUUUAAUUUUCAUUUUGUAGACGUUUCCAAGGGAGUAAAUAGACUUUUCAUUUAGGAACUAAUUCCUGUACUUUAGGAAGAAAUAAAAUAUAUAAAUAGCACUAAAAAAUACCUCAAAUUUUUCAUUAGAUAGAAGCAUUUAUUGGCAUUAUUGACAUCAACAGGUUUAAUUAUAAACUUCCUUUUCUCUCCUGUGGCUUCUGCUCAGAACUGUUCAUUGUUCUGUGGCUUACAAGACAAGGCAUCAUAACCAUCUUCCCUAGAGGCUUUAUUUCUGAGGUAGGAAUCCUUUAUUUACAGCUUACACAGAAUACAUUCAGAUCUUUUAUUUUAACCAGAGAUUCUAGUGACAACAGACAACUGAACAAGCAGAUAGAUUUGGGUUCCUUAGACCUGUUAUUGUCAGUCUCUGAGGGAAGAGACUUUGACAUUAUCUGGUAUGAAGAAAUCCAAAAUAGUGUAUAAGACUGUUAUUAGUCUUUCUUUGAAGUGCCUGAUAACAUUUAUGGGCCAACGGAUGUGAUUAAACACAUUUUAAUGCCAGAAAGUACAGAUGGGACCAAACCAGAAUAUGGAAUUCAAAUCCACCUGAGGUUUGAAACCAGAUCUAAAUCCAGCUGGUUUUGGCUUGGACCUAUCUCUACCCGAAACUUGUUUUAUGAACUCACUGUAAAAGGGUUUAUUGAAAGCAUUGAGAGGUGGAGCAGGAGGAGAGAUGUAAUUUUCUUCAAGAUGACUGAAAGUUCUCAUACAGCUGAUGUUUUAGAAAUAGUGCAAAUAUCAAGAAGUGCUUCCUUGCUACAAUGCUGAAUGUUGGAGCUUCAGUUACAGAUAAAUAAUUUAAAAAAACUAAAAAAGACCAAAAAAAAAAAAAAAAAGGAAACUAGAAGCAAGCAAGUAACUUAGCUGAGUUUGUGGAACACGUGGGAAGGCCUUCCGGGAUAAGCGAUUUACUCAGCCAAACAUUUUAUAGCAGAACUAUUCCUUGGAAUUUUUAUGCUUGGGAAAGUAGUUGUUAAAACAUUCCAAAAAGUGCUGGCACUUACAAAACAACAAAAAAAAAUAAUAAAAAAUAAAAAAAUCAACAAGGCAGUAUAAAAUAUCGGUUUUGGGUGGCUAUCUUCAUACAUAAACAUUGUCAUGUUUUGGAAUGUUCUUUAUAUCUAAGGGCCUGUUAGAAGGUGUAAAGAAUUUUGUUUUCUUCAAUACCUAAUCGUUUUCCAUCUUAUGAUUUGUGUGUGUGUGUGUUGUACAGCAGUAUAAUUUUUCACUUAUUUAUUCCAUCGGUAGUUAUGGUUUGUACAAUGUACAAUGGUUUCAUUUCAAAAAAAUAAAAUAAAAAAAUCACAACACGAA